UAUAUAAUUAUCUUUCCUGAACAUGUGCAUAUACAUAUUUCCGUAUGUACAAACAUACAUAUGUAUAAUCUAAAAUUUAUGUCUGAAAAAAAUGUGUUUACAACAAAUAUAAUACCAAUUCGAAUUCGGAAAGAUUUAAAUUUGGAAAUAAUGGAACCAAGAAGAUGGCACUUGCAGUUGUCAUGUUUUUUCCUGCUGUUUAGCUCAACAUUUGCAGAUGUUGGAAAAAUUACGUCCUCUCAAAAUCACUUUGGAAAUACUAUACAGAGUCAGUUUACCACCAAAAACAACACUAGGGUAAUUGCCCAAAAAGGAGGGCUUGCCAUUUUACCCUGUGUCGUCAAAAUUAACUCUCCAGCAACGGUUUCUUGGAUACGCAGGAAAGAUUUCCAGCUACUAACGGUUGGAUUGUCAACACAUAGUAGCGAUAAACGGUUUUUGGUUGAGCAUACGCGUCAUAUGGGACACUGGUCCCUUAGAAUUAAAGCCGUCAGAGAAGAGGAUCGUGGAUUUUAUGAGUGUCAAUUGUCAAUUUACCCAACUCAGUCAAUUUUUAUUGAACUAAAAAUUGUUGAAGCGGUAGCAGAAAUAACAAGCGCGCCUGAGCUUCAUAUCGACGAAACGUCUACCUUACGACUUGAGUGUAAACUUAAGCGGGCGACGGAAAAUCCAUCUUUUGUAUUUUGCAUUCAGUAUGUCAAUUCCUUCAGUUGAUUUACGAUCUGUACUGUUUUAUCUGUAUAAA